AUGUCACUUUCAUCUUCUUGCAAGGAAUUCUCGAUCUCAAAAUCCGGUGUUCUUUCCGCCAAGUGCAAGAUUCGCGACACCAACAAUUUCUCGAGUUCUUCCAUCAAGCUGGACGAUUAUGUGGGCUUUAUUGACGGCAAAUUAACCUGGGGAUCCCAUGGCUUCAGUGCUGCUGCCGAGAGUCUCUCAGUCAAUGCGGAGGGAAUUCUCACAGCAAGGUCCAAAGGAGGAUCCGACAAGGCUACCGAGAGCCAUCUCGAUCUAAACCGCCACAUCAAAAACGUUGACGGUUCUUUGGAACUCAUCACCCGUCCCCUAUCACUGUCUUCACCCAAACGGCCUGAACCCAUAAAAUUAGUUGCAGGGCAAGAUGUCGCCAAAGCCAUGUUAUCCGCAAAUUCUGCUUCGACGGCCACUACCGCCAGUUCGUCCAACAUGUUCUCUGCGGCAUCGACUAUGUCAAGCGCCACCACAGUCUCAACAUCAUCUACCAUGACUUCUAAAUCGUCGUACUUUGCUUCCUCUUCAUUCAGACGUGAAAGUCACCACCUGUUAAUUGAGGAAACUUGCACGAAGCUUGAGCUCAAAGGAACAUUCCUUCACGCCCAAUGUCGUCGACUCGACGGUGCAGUCGUCCACUCUAAGAUUGACCUCGACACAAUCAUCGGGUUUCUCGACGGCCAUCUCCAGUGGGACAUCUCAGGAUUUAGUACCCAUUGCUUCGAAUAUUCUCUCGAUGGAUUCUUUUUAGUCGCGAAAUACCGGAUACAUAAAGGCGAUGAAUACCGAAUUGCCCGCCUGGACCUUCGCACUCGACUUCGUAACUCCAAUGGCGUACUUAUCAUCAUCGAACUCAAUAAAAAGCUAUCGCUUAUGCUUAGCGAAGUUCCUUGGAUGAAGUUUAAGGUCAUUGCCGAGCCAGACCUCAGCGUCUUCGCAAAACAUCCUGUUAUGCAGGAGACCCUCGUCAGCAUCGCUGAAACGACCGUGGAGCAUGUCACCAUUGAGAUGCAUAAAAUGCUCACCAUCGCAAUGGAGACAGCUAUCACCGCCAUUACAGCAUCCGCAAUGAAGCAUGUUUCCGCCCAAAUGGAAUCCCUGGUUACUGGCGCUGUCGGGCAUGCAAGCGCCAGCGCGUCUAUCACAGCAGCAGAAAACCUACACAUCUAUGGAGGUGGAUACUACGGGCGUGGAAGUGCUUAUAUCAGAGGGGCUGCUGGGGUCAUCCACGACAUUCAUCAACACCGCGAAAUUCCCGUUGGCAAUGGAGCUAGUACCGGCCACGCUCAUUCUCCCCUCAAUGGCCAUAUGAAUGGCCAUAGUCAUACCCACUAG